AUGCUCGUAUCGAUGCAAACUGUUUACGAGUUUCCCUUUGAAUUGAUCCUCAGACGAAGAAAAGCAGGUCAAGAGAUCUUUGAUGAAUUGAUUUGUUGCAAAGUCACUAAUGAGAAGGAACUUCUCCAGUCAGAUAGUGAGAGGAAUGUAAAAUACAUCUUAAUGUUAACACGCCGUCCAUCCUCAUUUAAACGUUCAGAUUCAUCAGCACCUUCGGCAGUGACAAAGACUUAUGGUGAUAAUCAUAUAAAACGAUGUUGCUCACUUGAUUUGUUGCAUUAUUGCAGGAGUCGAAUGGGUCCCAUUUACGAAGGCUUUUUACACGUAUAUCGUGGUAGACUCUUUGCGAAGUGGAGACGUUUUAUGGGUGCAGUAUUUGACGAAAAUUCAACUGGUCACGCUAGACUUGAAUUGUACGGUUCCGAUAAACAAUUAUCAACGGUCAAUCCUGCCAGAGUGGUACUCUUAUCUGAAUGUAUUGCCAUUAGAAUCGUUACAUUCGAGAAAAACGAACGCGUUAUUCAAAUUCAGCAAAAAACAGCACCAGUAAUGUUGAUCAUCUCUGAAGACAUUGAGAAAUGGCACGAAAUUCUUUGUAGAGUCGCUUUCCCGAAUCAGUUCGUUGCGAUCGGAACACAGCCAUGCUCGUCGGUUUCACCAUGUUACAGUGGCGACUAUUCAAUCCCAGCCGACGUGAGACGAAUCCCAGUGGUAUUACAAUGUAUAAGUGGGACCAGUCGUCCUCAACUUUCAGAAGGCAAUUAUGACAUGUACUUGAAUCAGUCAUUAGUGAUCACCAGCGGAAUGCAUUCGGUUACAUGGGAUUACUUACAAAUCACUUGGUUUGCAACUGGUGACAACUGUUUUGCAUUUGAAAUCGCCAAAGAAGGUCGAUAUGAGUUCACGUCUUCGCAACCAAUGGUUCCACUUCAUGCGUUGCGCUGUCAUAUAAGUCUCACGAAUAUCACCACUCCACCGCGCUUCCUCACUAAAAAUCGUUACAAUUAUUUCUACAUUCCAUCUUCAGCAAUAAGAAGCGACUCAAUUAGCAGUCGCCCAAAUUUCGCUCAGUCCGAACAACAGAAUUCUCCUAAAUCACGGGGCCAACCACUGCCGUCAUCCAUUGCUAGCGGCUACGACAUCAAUACACACUUGAUGAAUCAACAGUCGAAUUUUGAAUCGCACAGAACAUCAAAAUUACCGUUCUUUCAUCGUCAUCCGGAUCAUAGCAAUUGGUAUGAACGUGCUGAUUUCGAGAUGAAUGCCGAUGACGAAUGGAUCAGGUAG